CUCGUACCUGACCUCGAAGGCAUACAAAAGAGAACCAGUGAAGUCCGAUGCAGAUGCUCUCCCCUCAGUUAAAGCACCUCGAUGUCUAGCAACGCUCUCUUCUCUCAUCUCGGUACGACGUCCGCACCACUACUUCGGUCCUCUCGCGGUCCAAUCCAGCGCCGGUUUAUCUGGAAUCCUCCGUAUGCGCGCCCACAUACACACGUUGACCACUUGCCGUUCAAUUAUCUGAACAAGAAGUCAUUCACUAUCAAGUAUUGGUCGUAUCUUGGUGCAGGCUUUGCUCUGCCAUGGAUUGCUGUUGCCUGGCGAUGGUAUAGGCCAGGAGGCAUCAAAAACCCAUAAGCCUAUGUUACAAUUAACCCCGACCUCGUAUUCUCACUACGUGACGGUCAUUUCUUCCAACUGGAUCUAUAAUCGUGUUACGAGAAAUGUAAAGUAGUUUUUUUUCUACACAAUGCGAAUUAAGGAAAUCAUGAAGAAAC